AUGGAUGCUCUUUGCCCAGCGCCAUUUCAAGAACCUGGAGUGUCUGACGAUGUAUCUCCUCAGAUUCGAGAGCACAACUCCAAGGUUGCUUAUGCUGGUGAGUGCAGAUGGAUGCUUAUGCAGCUCGAAUGUCUGCCGAUGCAUCUGCUCGGCCUCCUCGUACUUGCCCAGAUUCGAGAGUUCAUUUACAACAUGAGACGACGUAUGACCCAGCAACGGAUAUGCCGGAAUAAGUUUUAUCCAGCAAUUGCCGAGGGUCAUUUGAUGACUAAUCGACAGUGGCGCCCAAAACAACCGCAUGACGCUCUUGCCCUCCAAAUAACCUCUUCAGCUGCAAUGUUCACCAUUGAUAAGCGCUUCCUUCACUUCCCUGCACUAACAUGGGCUGUCCUUUGGCGCUACACACUUGGCCCAUGUGUUUUUAUAUGGAAUUUUGCUUUCCGCAUAUUGAUCAGAGAACCUGCAAUACCGUCACGCGAUGCCGAAGCCCAGAAGCAGCAUCAUCAGCAUGAGCAGCAGUUCAAGACAGCAUGCACAGAACGGCCACGGGAGCUUACCUAUGUACCUAUUCCAGGGGAAUGGCGACGGAAAGAAAAACCAAAUUGGCCUGAAUCAGCCUUCCAGGUUCCCGCAGAAGUGCCUGAUGGCACUAUAUACUAUGUUACGAAAGGAAGAUGGAUCGAUCAGGGGAGCACGGCACAUAUUGAGCUCCUUCCGUCGGGUCACAUCGUUAAGUACCCUAAGUCGAAUCCAUACUGCCAAACAAAUGAGGAAGAAAAUCGCGAUCGUGUCAGAUUAGAGGCCGAAGUUUAUAAGCGGCUCAACAAUUCGUCCUACAUCCCUAAGCUCAUUGACUGGGAUCCGAACUUGUGCUGUUUGACUUUGGAGCACUUGGAAAACGGGAACCUCCAGGCGUACGUCGGAAAACUUGUUGAAGUGACAACCGGCGACCAAGUGAUAAACCACGUUCCCAUCGAAGUUCGACGACGGUGGGCAGUUCAAGCAACCAGGGCAAUAACCGUUGUUCAUUCAGCUCAGGUUAUUCACUGCGAUAUCACACCACGCAAUUUCUUGUUGAAUGCACAACUAGAUCUCCGCAUUUCUGAUUUCGCUGGUUGUUCAAUUUCUGGGUCCCCCCCUCUCAUUGCACCCGGAUCAAGAUAUCAACCACCGGGUUGGAAUUGGAAACGCAAGGCAGUGGAAGAGGAUGAUGUCUUCGCCCUUGGCUCAGUUUUAUACUUCAUAAUGGUUGGUAGAGAACCAUAUCCAGAUUUGGAAGAGGAAGAAGUGCACGAGUUGUUCCAGGGGGCAAAAUUCCCACACGUGGACCAACUCCCAUGUGGAGAGAUUAUUCACAGUUGCUGGGACGGGACUUUUUCUUCUGCUGAGCGAGUAGUGGAUGCCUUGAAUGGCCUAGGUUGGGAAGCUAACAUUGAGCAACAGUGGUGA